GACUGACAACUCAUGGGGCCCCCAGGCAAUAGGGGAUCAUGGGGCCCCUGUGUCCUUGCCCAAACCCAAAAAAGCCUAUGAAAAAGCCAAUGAAAGGGUUCAGGCAGGGGCGGACUGACAACUCAUGGGGCCCCCGGGCAAUAGGGGAUCAUGGGGCCCCUGUGUCCUUGCCCAAACUCAAAAAAGCCUAUGAAAAAGGUAUCAGGGGCAUCUCAUGGGGCCCCCUACUGACCCCGGGCCCUCGGGCAGUACCCGAGUUUCCAAAUGGUCAGUCCGCCCCUGGGUUCAGGCUCAGUGACUACUAUGUUAAUCUAUAGAAGUUUUGGCUUGCACU